AAAGUUCAUGCUCUUGGCUAUCAUAGGAUGGCAGAAUAGGUGGGAAUGUGUUAUAAAGGUACUCAAAUGCUCUUCCAGAAUGAGGUGCAGCAAACUGACUUCAAGCAAAAGCUCUGAGUGGUCCAUUCAGAGCCUUAAACCAGCCUUCUGUUGAUGGUUGCUGCUGUCCACAGGGCAAAGCAGGCAUUAUGCUGCUGGAGAUAUUCCUGAUUCUGGGAGCAAUCAUCAUCUACUUCUUAGUUUCCAAAAAGAAAGAAGAGACGCUCGCAUUCAAAGAGGGAUGGUGGGGAAAGGGACAGAAGCCUGACACUGAAGAAGAUAGGACAAUUAGGCCAUUCAAGGUGGAAACUACAGAAGAAGAGCUAAGCGACUUAUUUAGAAGACUUGACCAGGCUAGAUUCACUGAGCCACUGGAGGACAGUUGCUUCCAUUAUGGGAUUAACGUGGCAUGUCUCAGGAAGGUUGUCUCCUACUGGAAAAACCAGUUCAACUGGAAGAAACAAGUUGAAGUUCUCAACAAGUAUCCACACUUCAAAACUAAAAUUCAAGGCAUUGAUAUACACUUUGUUCAUGUAAAGCCUCCUCGUUUGCCUGAGGGCCAGUCUGCAAAGCCACUGUUAAUGGUUCAUGGUUGGCCUGGCUCAUUUUAUGAAUUUUACAAAAUUAUCCCUCUCCUGACGGAUCCUGCCAGCCAUGGCCUCAGCAGUGAACACGUAUUUGAAGUCAUUUGCCCCUCGAUCCCUGGAUACGGCUUCUCAGAAGCACCUCACAAAAAAGGCUUUGAUUCUGUAAGCGCUGCUUCUGUAUUUUAUGAACUGAUGCUCAGAUUGGGAUUCCGCGAGUUCUACGCACAAGGUGGUGACUGGGGCUGGCUCAUCUGCACCAAUCUGGCCCAGAUAGCUCCCAGCCAUCUGAAAGGUCUUCAUUUAAACCUAGCCUUAGUUACAAACUUGGGGUUCACCCACCUGCUCUCCAUUCUGCUGGGCCGCUACUUUCCAGGGCUCUUUGGUUUCCACGAGGAAGACAUCAGGAGGAUGUUUCCCUUCUUGAAAAAGGGGCUCUACAAGAUGUUGGAAGAGUCUGGCUACAAUCACAUACAGGCUACAAGACCUGAUACUGUUGGCUGUGGUUUGAAUGACUCUCCAGUAGGACUGGCUGCAUACAUCUUGGAGAAGUUUUCUGUGUGGACUGAUCCAGAAUUCCGUAACUUAGAAGAUGGAGGACUUGAGAGGAAGUUUAACCUGGAUGAUCUUCUCACCAACAUCAUGAUCUAUUGGGUGUCAGGCUGCAUCGUCUCCUCGAUGCGUUUCUACAAAGAAAAUUUGCAUAAAGGAAUAGGCACACAGAAACAUGAAAAGCUCACAGUGCAAGUACCUACUGGCAUUGCCUCCUUUCCUAAUGAAAUCAUGCACACACCCCAGGCUUGGGCCCAGAAGAAAUACACCAACAUAGUUUCCUUCCAUUUCAUGCCUCGAGGUGGCCACUUUGCAGCAUUGGAGGAACCUGAACUUCUUGCUGAAGAUAUUCUACAGUUUGUUGGGAAAGUAGAGAAAGAGCAACUCUGGACAAAGACAAAAAAGUAACUCCCCUUACGAAAAGGAGGGUAAUUGCUUACAGCUUAGCAAAUGUACAGGCCUUAGUAAGUCUACUUAAUCAGUGUAAUUAGAUCUCACUCUCGAUCAGAUGUGAUAAGACAGCAAGAAAAAUGGAGGAUAGCUAGAUAAAAUACAACUUCAGAAACUUAAAUCUGCUUAUUUUAAAAUGCUUUAAAUUUUCUUAGCAGCUAGGCUAAGAACAUAGCAUGAAGUUGCUUGGUUAUUUUCUCCCUCUCAGCAGAGACUUCUAAAAUCUGUUCUGUAACACUACUGCCUCAUACGUAGAAAUUGAAAAAUAGACCUUCCCACUAAUUGUGCUCAGUUUAAUUGUUACUAACAGCUUUUCUCCAUGACAGCAGUAAAAACUGAGUUGGUGUAUGUGAGAGAUUCCUCACAUAAACAAUGGGGAACAGCCUAACAAGACCUAACUGCAUCCAUUAAUCAGCAUUGAUCUACAGUGCCCAGUAAGACAGCCAGCUGGCUGCCUUUCUCUUACAGCUUAUGCUGUUAAGCAGCUUUCUGGCUGCAAGAAAGCUCCACUCCCCUGCACCGGGCUCUCCCAGGAAAACAAUGUGUGAGGAGCAGCUGAAGCGUCAGCUGAGUGCAUGAGCCACAUCGGCUCCCAUAGCUUGAACCAGGAGGAGGAGCAGGGAUAGGAGUAGUUAUAUGACAUGACAAGCUACCUCUGCAUUGAAUUUCUGCUCUUAACUAAAAUGUAAAUGUAAAAGCCCUGGACAGGUUCAAGACACAGUAGCUUUGCACUGCUUCCGCAGGGUAUUGUAAACACAUCAUAUUAACGAAUAAAACAUUAACUUGAAAUUAAAAGGAACUCGCUUUAAAUUUUGAAUAACACUUACACAAACAUUUGUCUUAUGUUUUUAAACAGGUGAGAUUUUGUUUAGUGAAAGCAAAAGUAAAUGUCGAAUUAGAAACUAUUGAUUCUGUAUUAUAUCUAUUACAGAGAUCAGGUUGAAUUUGAAGGGCUGAGUAUCUUUACUUAAAACAAUCCCCAGUGAGUGCAGCUGAGCUUCAGGCACUGUUAAGCAGAUGAAUGACUUCAGAAUGGCUUUGUUCUCCCAUCAUGUGUGAUAUACUUCCUUCCUUAUGCUUGCAGGGUAAAUAUAAUCCAUUAAUAACACUUGUGUAGAUUAGUUUUAUUUUACAGCAUUAAUCGGAAUGGAAACUGUUAAAUAACAGUUACUGCUUCUUCCCACAGUUUGGUUUGGGGAAGGCAACACUGAUGCCGAACACAUUUGAAUCUGAGGGCUCAAAGCCAGCUUUCUGGCAUGACAGACUGCUUGUAGAUCAACUUUGGCCAUUUUUCCAAGCAGGGAUGAGAGCUCUCACUACCUGUACUCCAGCCUUUUCUGUUCUCAUCUGCUAAAUAUUGAGGCUUAGGCUGGUGUGAAGAGACAGGCAAGAAAAUAUAGAAUUGUUCAGGUUCAGUGUUGCCAAAACAUGGCUUAUUCAGAAGAAAUGGGCUUACCUCUGACAGUGACAGCUGGUCAUAAGGUCCCGGGCUCCCUCCUGCACUAAUCCUUGAUCUCUGGCCAUUUGUUUUUGUCUUACUUCUCUCUCUUGCACGGCCUUGUAUUUCAGAGCUGGAGAUCAUCCUCUCUCAUCUUUAACACACAUGCAGACAUCUGCUGUGGUGCUAGGGAACACUGCCAUACACAGAUAUAACUGAAUACUUCCCUAGAGGCUGCUCAGUUUCAGUGCAGAUAAAGUAAGUGGGAAGGAAGUUGGCUACAUGAUACCUGGCAAACCCUUUUUCAGAUGUAAGUAGAAGGCAUGAAGCAUUUUCCAUCUUCUGUCUCCUUUUCUGGAGCAGAUCUGCUUGAAGGGGACCAGCCUCAGUGAAAAGAGGCACAUCAGGGCUCACUUAGCAACAUUAUGUUACAGCACCCAUCCAGGCACCAGAAAAAAAAACAAGAAACAAAAAAAAUCCCUACCUCUAGACCCUUCUACUUUCAACUGUGCCUCACAGCGCUCAAAGGUAACGAACACAUGCUAAGUGAGCAUGUCUUGCCCCACUCUACAUGCCAGGUAAGUGCAUUUCAGCCAACUACAAAUUAGCUGUCCUUACUGUCUGUUCAACUUAGCACAGAAAAUAGUCAUAGAAAUUAAAUCCAGCAUGAAAAUGGGUUUGAUUGAAUUCUAUUCGAAAGAAAGAAAGCAAAGAAGACAUAAAAGGAUACAGACUUUAGAAGUUAAGAAAUGGUGGGUAAGCACCUGUUACAUAUCAAAGAUUGCUCUGAAUUCUAAUGUCACACUUCUCAAACCUUAAACCCACAGCAAUCAACAGCUGUAGUUCAUCACCUGCUUAUCAACACCUUGACACAAACAGAGCUGAAUCCUGCAGCAAUGUGCAAAAGUGCCAAAUUCAGCUAUGUGCCAGCCAUAAAGCUUGUCAUCAAUCCCCCUCCCCUUAUAAAAAAAAAAAAAAAACACCUGUUUUUAGCAAAAUACAGCCAAUUGCACUGCCUGUAGUACAAGGUUUAAUACUAACAAAGUUUCUGUGGGCUACUGACAGCAUCUGCAUCUCUUCCUGCAGGCAGCAACUCUCCCAGGAGAGCAAGGUUGGGAUUAUAAUCACCUUUAGUGAACCCAGACUCACUUCUGAUACACGCUCUGCUAUUUCAUAGUGGACAAUUAUUUGGUACAGUACUACAGCAAGCAGUGGAAAAGUGAGUGUCAGGUAACCAGAAACAAUUAUAACAUUCCUUUUAGCAAGAAACACUGUGUAUCAUAUUAGUGCAAUAGUAAUAAUAGUAAGAACCUGUGCUUUGGGAUACUUCAGUGUGCCAGCAGAGUAUCAUUAGAGUCUCCUCUAAUGAGGCCAAAUACCCUGCCAUAAAAUAUCCAGUUGUUAGGCUGGCUGAGCUGUUGCUGGGGAAUAAGGCUCUCUGAAAUAGAAGCUACAUCCUUGAGGAGAACUCAGAAUAUGAUGAUGCUUAAAGCAUUUUGUUCUGCUGAAGGGCCAUUUCUUGGUGAAACUUCCAUUUCUGGACCGUAGUUCUAAAAUCCCCGCUCAAUGAAAUUACUAUUCCUCCUUAAGCUGCUUCAAAGCAUACACCUAUUCCUCACUGAAAAACAGAAAUAGGUGACCUAAGCCCUGCUUUUCAGGUGUUACAGACUGUGAAGAGUCCAGAUGAGAAUUUCAAAGCCAGAGCAAUGCCACUGAAAAUAAGCAGAACUUACUUUGCAAAGAACUUCAGUUAGGGGAUGGAACGUACUUGUUUCUGGCAUAGAAAAACAUUUUAAAUCAUCACUUUCUCAUACACUCCAGCAAAACUAGCUCCCACUACAACCAAAUUUGACUCCUAAUUUUCAAACUACAAAUCAUAAAAUCCUGAAAAUCCAAGCCACUGAAUGCUGUCUGUAUACCUUCUGCAGUUAAACAAGACUUUGUUCUCAUCAAGCAAAAAAGUCAAGCUUACUCAGAGUGUGAGUUAAAAACAGUGUGAAUAGACCCCACACUGUUUACACCAGAAAGGAAUUUCAACCAUCAUUUAGUGAAAAAUGAAAUCUGUUAAGUCCAGCAUCACAGUGCUUGAGGGGCCCCAUUCAUCACCACAUCAGCAAAGGGAAGGAUAUGUCUGCUCAAGGCAGUCAAUCAAAUGCACACACUGUUUUGAAGCAAGUACAAUACAUAACGUGCAUUACAUGAAGAUACAUUCUCGUCUGUAAGAGGAGUGGAAACAUCUCUCUAGCAGCUGUAGGAAGAGACAAGGAAUAAAUUCAUAUUGAUUUCAGGCUUGCUUAUUUGAAAACACUGAGAAAUGAUGCCAUUUGUUUGCCUUGCUGCGAUAGCACUUGAAGGAACAUAAGUCACACCAAAACCGUCUUGCUAGGAUUAGUUCUCUUUGUGUGGAAGAACUAUUCUGUGCAGUGCCAGACAGCCUUGGUGGUGUUAUGCCCAUGCUACCAGAAAAUGUAGUCCCCUUAUGAUUGGCACUGGUUAUCUGGAAACUAAUCUGGGCUGCGACAGCUCGUUCCCCUUACUAGAUGUAGUCUGAACUUCAGUCUUCAGAAUCCCCUCCUGACUGGAUUUUAAGAUGUUUAGAAGGAUGCUCAUGCUCCCUGUUUUUAAUAACUGAGUAUAAUAUUAUAAUAAUAAUAAUGUCUGGUUAAUAGCUGUAGUUUUGAAAAUGGGAGGAACAAUGAGAUAUUCUAUUUAACUGACAAAUCUCCAUCUCCUUAAGGAUAACCCCCACGUGGUAGAUUCACACCAUUUUGUACCACUCAAAUGGUACAAACAACAGCACAUGACCACUGCAAAGAGAGUACAGCACAAAGAAAAUGUGAAUAGAAAUGCAGGAAGACCAAACCAUACACAACCACUCAGCUACUGAAUCGAACAUCAAAAUGACAAUCUCAACUAUAUGUGAAAACUGAUUUGUGACUGCUUCAACAGCACAAAAGAGGCACAAGGAAAAAAACAGACUGCUUCACCUUGUCUACUGUGCCUCAGGGCUGAGGGGAUCCCUGCCCUGUGCUGGGAUCCAGCUGUCUGCCUUGCUCAACAGCUGCAGCCCCUUGGUCUGGGGGACGGACUGGCCCUAGGGGCAGGAACAGAGGAGGAGACAGGUGAAAAAAUGCACAACCUGUGCCCCAAAACUCCUCUCUGUCCCUGAUCUGGCUCUGGCAUCCAGUCCACAUCCAAUGCAAAACCAACUUCUGCCCAUCCUGCUGAUGCUGGCUACCAGAAAAAUACCCUUUCCUUCCUUUUCAAGAUGCUUCACUCCUAGAUCCCUGUGGCAAAAGGGGAUGCAAAUAGGUUCUGCCCAGAAGUACUUAGGAUAAAUGAUGUCAGUCUCUCCCUGUCCAAAGGAAUCUGAAAGGCCUGGCCCACCUUCCACCUCCCUCUGCUUUCAGGACAGCAGCCCUCCCUCAGAACAAUUUCAGGAAUAAGACACUUGGGCCGCAGCUCUGUUCCCGCUGAGCCUAAGCAUUUCCAUUCUUCCUGGGGCUAUAAGGCCAUCGCUGCUUUCUCACCUCUGCUCAGAGUGCAGAGGUUAAUUGUUCAGGAUGUAGUCUUAAGAAUUUAUUUUCCCGCAGUUAUUAAGCUAAUUUUCAACCAAGUCUGCACUGCUGGGAUGAUUUUGGAUGAAAACAUAUUUGCAGCUCCUGAGUUCUAGGAGUUCUCAUGCAGCAUCGAGGGAGAUGAGGUCUGUCCAUACUUUUUUUGUCUCACUGUUCAAUUAUAUCACCCACAGGUUUUUUCGUGGCUGUUCAAGCUUUUUACAGUAAUCAGAAAGAACCCUUCAUGUUCCAGAGAAACAAGAGACAGAUUAAGUAAUAUCUCAUGCAAAACUGUGCAGCAGAACCCACUGCAGAACACAGAUAUCAAUUCUCUUAACCUCACCAUUACGUCUUUUUCCUGUUAGGAAAAGUAACGGCCAUUAUUGCCCAAACGAGUCCUCCUAGAGGCACCAAACAAUUAGUUCUGUAUUUAUGUGCUUCCCAAGGAAUAAGCAGGUUCUACUUCAGAAAUAAUUUUGAAACGAUGUAAAACAUGGAAGAGUAAGAAAAGCCUACUCCAUUCUUUAAAGUGAGAGCCUUGUCGUAGAAAAAAAUAAAAAUAAUCUUAUGCCUCCAACCAAAUUACUGUUCUUAGCAAUUCUCUAAAUCACUUUCUGUUCUAUUUUGAAUAUAGCUGCUGGUUUAAUUUCUCUACAGGUAUAGAUGAAGAAAAAUCAAAAUGCAGCUGAUUUGCCUUGGGCAAGAAAAAAUAUAAAAUUCAAAGUCUUAACAUGAAACACCUUCACUUGAAACAAGUUGGUGCUUUACCUUUCAGCACAGCUGACUAUAACAAAGGCAACUGAUCUGAAAAGCCAAAUAUAAAUCAACAGUAAAUGCAUGGAAGAUUUUCAUAUAGAAAGAAGAGCUGUGUGCCAAAAAUCAAUCAAUCUUCCCUCUGCUCUGAGUCUUCCUCUACUGCGACUUUUUUUUUUUUUUUUUUUUUUUU